GGUUGUGUUUGCCGCCGGGCGGCUGCGGAGCACGGGCUCUUCAUCUUAGAGAAAAAAAUUGUUUUUUUGCGGAACGGAGGGGUUUGCGGUGCCGCUGUUGGCGCGGCUCUGCGAGCGCCUCUGGUUACGUUCCCGGGGCGGCCGCUGUUAACGCCAUCGAGGCGCUGCGGCCGCGCUCCGCUCCCGUUGCGGGCGGUGCGUGCGCGGCUUCCCGAGGUCGCAGCGGCAGCAGCAGGCGGCGGUGGUGGUGGAGAGGGAGGUCUCCCUCCCUCCUUGCGGCACCAUGAAAGCCGUGAGCCCCGUCCGGCACCCCAGUCGCAAGGCGCAGCCCGGCGUGGCGGGCGGCGGCGGAGGGCACCCGGCUCUGCGGUGCCUGGCCGAGCACAGCGGCUGCAAGGGGAGCCCGCCGUCGGGCGAGGAGCCGGCGGCGCUGUGCCUGCAGUGCGAUAUGAAUGACUGUUACAGCCGGCUGAGGAAGCUGGUGCCCACCAUCCCGCCCAACAAGAGGGUCAGCAAAGUGGAGAUCCUACAGCACGUCAUCGACUACAUCCUCGACCUGCAGCUGGCUCUGGAGACGCACCCAGCGCUGCUCCGGCAGCAGCCGCCGCCGCCCGCUCUGCACCCAGGCAGCUGUCCCGCGGGCACCCCCAGGACCCCGCUGACUGCCCUUAACACUGACCCGGUAAGAGGUGUGCGGCGGCGCCGCGCCGCGCAGAGGCAACGCGGGGGGCGGGCGGCGGCGGGGGGGGCCCGGCCCUGCCCCGCCGCACCGGAGGAAGGAGCCAUCCAACCCCCCGAGCAGUUCCCAUGCUUCACCCCGGCAGAGCCAAGCCUUUUCACCAUUUUGCACGUCCGCAGCGGUCCCCCCUUCCCCAGCUCCCCGUGUCCUUCUCCCCCACUUCCUCCCUGGUUCCGUCUCUUCUCGUCGUUCCCGGCCAGCUGUGAGCGGCGGCGUGUCCCACGGUGGCAGCGGGAAAAGUUGCGACUCUGCCCCGGGAUAGAGGACCGAGCCUAAACCAGACUUUAGAAACCUUGUAACUCUUAAGGGACCGAGCAGCCGAAUCUUGAAGCUUUACUAAUCUCCCAGAGCAUUUGUAGAUAUAUUUGACAUCUAUUGUUUAAAAUAGAUGGAUUUUAUUGGGGCCCAGGGAGCUUUCUUCUCCCUGCAGGAAUGUUACAUAUUGUAUAGACAAAUGAGUGACAUUUCAUACUGUGUAUAUAUAGAGAUGUUCUAUAAGUGUGAGAAAAGUAUAUGCUUUAAUAGACUACUGUAAUUAUAAAAUAUUUUUAAUUAAAUAUUUUUUUGUAAAUAUUAUAAAGGUGUGUAUGUUUUUUUUAAUCUCUGGGAAUAUCUCUUUAGAAAAUCGCAGCUCAAGUACAGAGCUGCUAAUAUGGAAAUAUGUUAAAUGUUAAGGACUUUUUUUGUCCCCAAAUGUCCUUUAGAUUCGAGAGUUGCAGCUUUAGGUAGUGGUCCUGCAUGAUUGCAUGAGGUGUCUAAUUGCAAAUAAACUUGUUUGGAGUCCAUACAACGUGUUUUCCUCAAUCUAGACUAAAAAUGUUUGUAAGUGUAUUAUACAUUUUGAGACUACACUUUUGUCAUUUAGGCACAGGGGUUUUUAGUGCAUUCUAUAAAAGUAGCAGUAAGAUGUGGUUUUUUACUGAGACAAGAAGAAUUCUAUCUAGUUUUUUUGCAUUACGGGGGCAAUGCUUUAGAUCUCUUACUGGUUUGGUUUUGUUUUUUUGGUUUUUUUUUAAUCUGCUCUUGAAUUAGAUCAAGAAAUUUGUUCGGUAACUUCAUUUAGCACGAAAAGGUUUUUUCUCAAAUUUGUGUUCCUACAGCUUAUUAAUUACUUAAACACUGAAAACCGGUCUCUGCUUGCAGCCAAAGGGCAAACUAUUAACAAAAACAGUUGCUGUUUCCUUCGUCCAAAGAGUAUUAAUAGUGAACUGCAGAAGGGCACAUGGGCAAAGUCAUUAUGAUCAGUAAUGUAAAUUCAUCUUAAAAUGAACUUGAGUAGACCAAAAAUCGGAUAACUGCGUCAAGACUAUUUUUCUAGUAUGAAAUUACUUACAUUUCACUGCAGCUAUGUUAUAGUUAAAAUCCUGUUUAAUCUCUGUGAUGUGUAACUACUACAUGUGAACAUUAAACUAGAUUUACCUGUCUUUAA